AUGCGAAUUGCUACUGCAGCAGCAAGAAAAGCGGCUGCACGCAUGCUUGCAGACGGAGACAGUUCUUCCCAAGCCCCAGCAGCAGGUGAUUCGUCGCCUGAUACUGUGAACAGUACACGUGGUGACUCACCACGUGCGACAGGUACAUCCGCUGCGUCUGCAGCGGGGACUGCGAAUAGUAAUCUGGAUGAGUUUGAGAUAGAGCUCAUCUGUUCUGGCGAGUCAGAUAAAUUGUCCGACUCGACGGCGACACCUCACGUCUCCGGAUCAUCCGGGGCGGACACUGCAAAAGACAGGUUUACUAGAUCUAGUCAACGGGGCGGUAUCACGUCCGAGAUCUUCAGACAACCAAUUGUUCCGACGAAUCUCCGCCUCACGCAAGUCAUCCAACGAUAG